AUGUACCUUCCCCGUCUGGCGUUGGUCACUUUGGGACUGUCGCUGUUGUGUCCAGUACUCGGUGGUGAUGUGCCUUGCGAUGCCAACAACCCUUGCGUUGAGGGAUGUUGCUCCAAGGCCAACAAGAUUUGUGGCUAUGGGCCAAACUACUGUGCCAGUGACAAAUGUCUGGCGGCUGGAAGUGUCAAUGGAACUUGUGCUCAGAAGUCCGAAUGUGACCCAGGCGUAUACCCAGGAUGGGGUGAUAAGUGGGGAUUAGACUUCGCCCAGUCCGAGCAUUGCCCAUUGAAUGUCUGUUGCAGUGAGUUUGGCUUCUGUGGCACGACCGGAGACUUCUGCGGCGCUGCUACGGUCCCUCAGCCCUCGUGCAGUGGAACCUCGAGCAGCAAACGAACAAUCGGCUAUUAUGAAGGCUGGAACUUUGAGCGAUCCUGCGAUACUAUGCAACCGGAAGAUAUUCCUGUUGGCGGGUACACUCAUAUCAACUUCGCCUUUCUCUAUAUAGACCCCAAGUCCUUCCAGAUCGUGCCCAUGAAGGAUGACCAGCAAGGUCUUUACUCUCGUGUCGUCGCCCUGAAGCAACGCAAGCCGGGAUUAAAGGUUUGGAUAUCUAUUGGAGGCUGGGACUUCAACGAUCCGGGUGCUACAGCGACCACCUUUUCGGACCUCGCAGCAUCUUCUUCUAACCAGAUGGAGUUCUUUGGAUCAUUGAUUUCCUUCCUAAAGAAGUAUGGAUUUGACGGCGUCGAUCUGGAUUGGUACGAUAUCUCCCUCUUGGUCUCUAGCGUGUCAGUGUGGAUAUUAAAUGAUCUCAGGGAAUACCCAGUGGCAACGGAACGUGGAGGCCGCAAGGCCGAUUUUGACAACUAUGUGACCUUCCUGGCCAACCUGCGUGAGGCGCUUGAUGGCUCGGACAAGACAUACGGCUUGACCAUCACCCUCCCUAGUAGUUAUUGGUAUAUGCAGCAUUUCGAUAUCAAGAACUUGGACAAGAGCGUCGAUUGGUUCAACAUUAUGACGUACGAUCUACACGGAACAUGGGAUGGUGACAAUAAAUGGAUCGGCAAAGUCGUCAAUGCUCACACCAAUUUGACUGAGAUCAAGCUGUCCAUGGACCUCCUCUGGCGAAAUAAUAUUAAUCCAGAUAAGGUGGUCAUGGGGUUGGGCUUCUACGGGCGAAGCUUCACUCUUUCGGACACUAGCUGCACGACGGUUGGCUGUCCGUUCUCCACUGCCGGAAAUGCAGGUAAAUGUACAAAUAGCGCCGGGACUCUCUCAUUCACCGAGAUCAAGGCAAUCCUAGACGAUCCGAGUUCCAAAGCCUCCAAGGUUUUCGAUAAGGAAUCCGCGGUUCAAAUUGUCACGUUCAACAGUAAUCAGUGGGUGAGCUAUGAUGACCACGAGUCGUUCGCAGCCAAGAUUGACUACGCCAAUUCUCAUUGCAUCGGCGGAACUAUGGUCUGGGCUGUGAGUCUGGACGCUAGUGGAAGUGCCGUCAAUGGACUAACGGGAGCGACCAAUCUUUUCCCGGGCGAUGAUGGCUCGAAUGGGGGUGAGGACGACGUUUACAUUGGACCAGACCUUUGGACGAAUGCUACUGCCUCUGUCGCCUGCAAUGCUCCUUGCACCCUCGUGUUGCCCCCAUACCCUCUAGCAACCCCAGUCACCAUCACUUGGCCCCCGUACAAAACUUCUUUGUUGUCUAGUUCGGCCGGAUCCAUCUAUACGAAAACAACCACAUUCCAAUUCCCCCCAUUUGCAAUCUCUGAAAUUCCCCUGUGGGCCGAGACCAUUGCCACAUCGGAUGACGUGACGGCUUACUUCACCCCUAUGCAGAGCAUCACGCCCCCAUCGAUGGUCAUCGGUCUGCCAGGUACCGAGGCGCCGUUUCCAGUCACGAAGAUUGAUUAUACUGGGAGGGUAACUGGUGGGAGCUCCGCCACCCAGACUACCUCCGACACUCCGAGUAUUUCCACUCCGGCUGCAGUCCAGUCGGGGAUCGCCAGCAAUUGUGUCAAGUUCUACAAAACCAUUCUCGGUGACGGAUGUUAUAACAUUGCUGUUGCCAAUGGAAUCACUCCUGCUAAGUUCCUGGAAUGGAAUCCGGCUGUUCAAGCCGAUUGCUCUGGUUUGUGGGUGGACGAAUAUUAUUGCGUCGCUGUCGCCCCAAAAAGCACGACGAGCUCGACUACAACACCAGUACCGGUCUUCUACUCUACCUCUCACUCAAUCACUGUGGCUGCCCAGCCUACCGCAACGUCCAUUGAACCGAAAAAUAGCCCUAUUCCCUCAAUCAUAUAUCAAAAGGGCGACCCGCCUUCCAGUGGCGGCUGUAGUGCCGGGAAGCCGCUGUCUCACUGUGGCACCCACGACUGUAGCGCCUGGGGUUGUGGUGGGCACUGUGGUACGAUGGGAUGCGAUGGGGGCUGUGGCCUGGGGUUCUGUGGAGGAGGGUGUGGCCCGGGGGGCUGUGGUCCCGGAUGUGGUACUCUUGGGGGCUGUGUGAUUGAAGGCGGCGGCGGCGGACAAGCACCUGGCGAAGGCGGCGACAACGACGAUGACAAGACAAGCACCUCAUCUUGUUCCGAGACUGCCACCGCAACGACGACCACUGCUUGCGAUACGGCGUGCGGUGAAGCCACCGAUUCCGCCUGUGCCACGAUCUGCGACACUAUCACCGUGGCUCCGUGCACGACGACUCCAGCGGGUGCCUUUCAAAUUGUCGGAGAUGGUGACGGUGAUAACUUCGAUUGGAUCAAGAGAAGCGAUGAUGAGCUGAAUGCCGAGGGAUCUGUCUUCGCCUCCUAUAUUAAUCCCUACCUCACGAACAUAGAUCCCAUCAUGAUUGGCAGCGUGACCUUUACAGCCUCUGGUUCUCGUCCAACGCCCCCACCUACCAUCACCAGCACCAACACAGCGACGACAACUGCAGAUCCAACCACAACGACGCAUUCCGGUCCGGGCGCAACCGAGUCACCCAAAACGGACAAGCAGGUAAUCCUAUUACUGGACGAAGGGAGGCAAGAUCCAUCCUCCUCAGUAGUUUGGAGGUAUUGGACGAUCGAUACCGACGAUGUUGGCAGCACGAAUCCGUGUUUUGAUAGAGGUACUGAUUAUGACCUUGACUACUUUCUCGUGGGCAAAGAUUUCGACUACAACAAUCCCCCUUUCCCCGAGCACCGUGAUAAAAUUUAUCCGGAUCCUACGGGCAAGCCUCAUCAGACGUGCUCGUAUACCGGUACCAAAGAUGCCCCAGGCGAGCUGACUUGUGAUGGUUGGGACAAUCCCACGACUUGUGCGGAAUACCCAUGGAAAGGGGAUGCAAAGGAAUGUGAGAAUGGCAUAGGGAAUGACAGCGUGCAGUAUGCCUACUUGUAUAUCAAGGUCAUGUGUCCUUAUACCUCAUAG